AGCACAGAAGUCCUGCUCCAAUGUCUUCUCCAUGUUUGAGCAGAGCCAGAUACAGGAGUUCAAGGAGGCAUUUGGCUGCAUUGACCAAGACAGAGAUGGUGUUAUCAAAAAACAGGACCUGAGGGAGACCUACGGACAGCUGGGGAAGCUUAACGUCAAAGACGAGGAGUUGGAUGAGAUGCUGAACGAGGGGAAGGGUCCCAUCAACUUCACCGUGUUUCUGACUCUUUUUGGGGAGAAACUCAAUGGUACCGACCCUGAAGACACCAUACUGGCGGCCUUCAAACUCUUUGACCCCAACGGGACAGGCUUCGUUAAUAAGGACGAGUUUAAACGACUACUGAUGAACCAGGCUGAUAAAUUCACAGCAGAGGAGGUGGAUCAGGCCUUCGCUCUGGCUCCCAUCGAUCCCACCGGCAACAUCGACUACAAGUCGCUCUGCUACAUCAUCACACACGGAGACGAGAAGGAAGAAUCCUAACGAGGACGGUCAGGUCACACAGGACAUCCAAACACUCUCACGACUGUUUCAUCUCGGCUGCUUGUAAUCAAAAACAUUAAUGAUUGCUGGAAAAAUGCUGGAAUAUCAAACAUUCAAACUCAAACUGUGGUAAGUGUCGUUGGUAUAAAACCGGCCUGCUUGUUUGUGAGCUGCUGAGAAUAAAGUGUUGGGCUCUU